AUGACUUCCACUCAAGCUUCAUCAGAUCCCAACGCUCUUGGUCAGACGCUGGUCGAAAUACUCAGUACGCUCAAAAGUAUGAAGACCGACCACGCCCAGCUUGCGUCGAGCGUCGAGGCACUCCAAAGCCGCUUUGACGUCGCAACUUCACUCAACCAAGUCCGAGCUGGAGGGACAGCAACAACGAGUUCUGGUGCCAACGAUUCGCCCAGUCUCGAUGCCGCCCAAUUGGCCAAAUCCGCCGAUGGCACUGCAUCUCCGCCAACAGAAUCGGCUUCCCUGGUCAAAGCUCCCUCGUCUCCCACGGCCAGGAAAUCGUCCUCGGCUAUUUCCCGCAUCAUCCUCACCACUUAUCCAGGCCAGUCUGGCAUCGAUCCCAUUCCCUUGGAAUGGGGUCAAGAAGACCCUACCAAACGAGGCCCAAUCGUCGUCAGCCGUCACUACAACACGAUUCGAAGAAGAAAUGCCAUUGGCGCCCACGGCGGCUCCUAUUCAAUCUACCACGCCCUAGCCGUCGCCAGCAACAAUCUCGACCUCGAACACAAACCAGACUUCACCAACACGGAACCCGCGGCGACGAUCGGUCCUUUCCCGACCUGGUACGGCAAGAAGAAAAUCGUGGCGAUGGACCCCUUGGGCCAUCUGGCACCCUGGCUGUUCAACGACAUCAUCAAAGACCAAGAUGUCGACAUCCGGCCCACGAUCGCGGUGACCAAAGCACACAUGAAGAUCCCCGAACUGGAGCAGAGCGUCAGAGCGGGCCGGCUCAAGCCCGACGGCAAGAUCUGCAUCAACGAGAGCGGAGAACUCAGCGUAACCAAAUUCGCCGUCGAGCCCGUCUGGUACCUGCCGGGGGUGGCGGAAAGGUUCGGGAUCGAGGAGAGCGCGCUGCGCCGCGCCCUGUUUGAACACACCGGCGGCUCGUACCCGGAACUGAUCACGCGCAACGACAUCAAGGUGUUCAUGCCGCCGAUCGGCGGGCUGACGGUGUACUGCUUCGGCGACCCGGCCAAGAUGUCGGACGAAAAGGUGCGGCUGGCGCUGCGCGUGCACGACGAGUGCAACGGCAGCGACGUGUUCGGGUCGGACAUCUGCACGUGCCGGCCCUACCUGAUCUUCGGGAUCGAAGAGGCGGUCAAGGAGGCGCAGAAGGGCGGGUCCGGCGUCGUCAUCUACUUCCGCAAGGAAGGGCGCGCGCUCGGCGAGGUCACAAAGUACCUCGUCUACAACGCCCGCAAGCGCGGCGCCGAUCGGGCCAGCGAGUACUUCCAGCGCACCGAGAACAUCGCCGGCGUCAAGGACAUGCGUUUCCAGGCCCUCAUGCCGGAUAUCCUGCAUUGGUUGGGCAUCAAGAAGAUCGAUCGCAUGUUGAGCAUGUCCAACAUGAAGCAUGAUGCCAUCGUCGAUCAGGGUAUUCCUAUUCUCGAGCGGGUGCCCAUUCCCGAUGACAUGAUCCCGGAGGAUUCCAGGGUCGAGAUCGAUGCUAAGAUCCACGCCGGUUACUUCACCACCGGUAAGGUCAUGACCAUGGCCGAGUUGAAUGCCGUGCAGGGUCGGAGCUGGGAUGACAUUGAGCAUUAG